AUGACUACUUUGCAGCUUCCACAAACACUUCAUUUUGCCAGUGAAACAUAUCACUUUGGAGGCAUACAAUCCCCUAAUCGUCACCAUCGUCACCAUCAUCAUCACCAUAGCAGCAGACUCUUUUCAACAUCAGCCACUUUGCCCUUGUCAGUUGCUUCACCCAAGAUGAAUUCAAAAGUCGCCCAGGAGCAAACAACUGAAAAUGAUGUUUUUCAUGAUUAUGCUACAGUUAUCAUGGAUGUAGUGGAGUGCUACAUGGCUCCUUCUCCUACAUUAGAGGAGAAGUUAACUGAGUUGGAAGAGGAAGUAACCCAAGAAAUAAACAAGAGUGCAGUGGGAGAAGAGAAGUUAAUCGAGUUGGACGAAAAGCAGGAUCCUGUUGCAAAAGACUGCAUGCCCCAACAAACUUCAGGUAAGCAAAUUACUGCCUCGAGACACAGCUCUACGCAAAACUCAUUUCUCAACAACUUCAGACGCAGCUCAAUUUUCAAACCUACAAGCUCAACGAUAUUUGAUUUCCAAUUGAACAACCAAGCCUAUUUUGCCCAACGUGAUACCGACAACUACCAACUGGAGGAAAAUGAUGCUCAUGACUGUGUUAGCGCUAGAUCGUAUAAUUCAACUAUUUCGGCCCAACCUAAAAAGUUGCGCAAGAAGCAGAGCAAGAUGAAUAAACGGGUCAAAUCAUUUACACAAAGAGUCAAAAACGAAGACGUUUCUCAUCGUUUGACUGACUUAUUUCAAGACGAUCAAGAUAUUUGGGCAAAAGAAAAGUUGGAAAAGGAAUUGUCACUUGAUGGUGUUGAAGAAGGUAAAACUAGCUGCUCCUGUGCCAACUGCGAUGCAAAAGCAAAACGGAGAGUUGUUAUCAAAGAGCUGGAAAAUGAGUACAUUUACCCAACACCUACAAUCAGCAGUUUCAGAAGGAACAUCAGUCGCAGGUUCCACAUUUUUAAACAUCACGUAAUGUGA